AUGGUUCAAGCUAUGCUCAAGUCCUUGUUUGCUGUCGGCCUGGCCCGGCUAGCCAUGGCUGCCACGCACGGCGAAGGCGCCGAGGGCUCGGUCAUGGGUCCUGUCGCAUUCUUGUGGCCGGAUGAUCGUCCAUGGAGCGCCGCCUACGACAACAUCGGUCCUUGUGGAAGUUCCACAAGCGUCGGCAACAGGACCAUCUAUCCUCUGUCGCAGGGAGAGGUGGCGCUCACUAUUGCCGACGAGGCCUACAAGGUCGCAUUUUACAUUGCAUUUGACAACGAUCCUGAUGAGGAGAGCGAGUUCACAGAGCAGGUCGUCAGUAAUAUCACUGAGAUUGUCCCUGGCCACCAAUGUUACAAGAUUGCGAGUAUCCCGAGUACUGUGACCGCUGGUACCAAUGCAACUAUCCAACUGGCAUACUGGUCCACGUACGAAGACGAGAAUAAUGGCAAGAAUGAAACCUUCUAUGCCUGCGCAGAUAUUACAUUUGUCGAAGAUGCCGACUUUGAUCUAUCCGUACCAUGUUUCAACGUCACUGCUUCAGAGUUCGACUCGGGAAGCUCGACAACGACAGCUGGAAGUUCUCCCAGUGCUACAUCUACCAGCCAGACUGAUUCCUCCUCGUCCUCUACCUCUUCCUCUGGAAUUUCUACCGGGGCCAAGGCAGGAAUUGCUGUCGGAACUAUUGUUGGAUCUCUGGGGAUUGUAGCAUUGUUUGCUUUCUUCUUCCUCCGAAGAAGACGGUCUGAGCCUGCAGCACACGAGAUGGAUGAGCGUGGCGCACAAGCCGCUGCCAAGGGACCCGCAUCCGUCCGAUCUCACGAAACUUAG